UCAUCAAUGUGAGGCUGCGCGCAAACUAAACUAGCCCUGAAAGCUGCGUUGUUGUCAAGAAUGGCAACCUCCAAGAAGGGGAAAAAGGUGGUGAACCAGGAGGAGCUGCGUCGAUUGAUGAGGGCAAAACAAAGGCAAACAGCAGACAAAAAGCGCAUUGAGUCUCCCUUCGCCAAGUACAACAGUCUCGACCACCUGAGUUGCACCUUGUGCAACGUUCAGGUGAAGUCGGAACUACUGUGGCCCACGCACGUCCUCGGAAAACAGCAUAAAGAGAAAGUUUCCGAUCUCAAGGAAGGAAAAAUUCAACCACUUGUGCCACAAACUCAAACGGUGAAGAGAAGGGCGCCGGACAACGAAGAAGCUACUGGUAAAAAGGCGAAACCAGGGUCGCCUUCAGGCCACGCUGCGCCGGGACUCCCGGGAGAUUUCUUUGAGAAACCCAGCAGUAAAAACCCAACUGUUCCUGCAGCUGCGUCUGCAGGCCUGAGUCUCCUGGCUGGUGUCUAUGAUGAGGAUGAUGAGGAUGAGGAGGACAACAACGAACAGGCCGGUGGCAACCCUACCGGUGAGGCUGAUCCUACUGCUCAGAAAGCUGAAGCUGCAGGACUACCAGCAGACUUCUUUGACAGCUCCAUCCCGUCCGCGCCUCCCAUCACUCACUCGGGAUCCGUCCUCAAAACAGACGUGGAGGAGAAGAAGAGCGGAGAAAAGAAAGACAACACGGCCGAGGUGCUUCCGGAGGGCUUUUUCGACGACCCAGUUAAAGAUGCCAAGGUGCGCAACGUCGACGCACCCAAGGAUCAGAUGGACAAGGAGUGGGAAGAGUUUCAAAAGGAGAUACGACUUGUGAACACGAAAUCAGACGCCAUCGUGGCUGAAGAUGACGAGGAAGGACGCUUUGAACGGCAGAUUGAUGAAAUCGAUGAACAAAUUGCAUGUUACAAAAGGGUCGAACUACUGAGAGACAAACGGGAUGAGGCGAAAAGCAAGCCUUCCCUCAAAAAGGAUGAACAAAUGGAGACCAAGGACAGUGUCGAAGAGGAGGAUGAGGAAGAGUUGCUGGGACUUCUGUCCCGGGACUGGAGGGCUAAAGGGGUUCUGGCUUAAAUGUCAUCAAUUCAAAAAUUGUAAAUAGGUUUAAGACUUUCAUCACAUUGUUUUGACAUGAGCUUAUACAACUGUAACUCUGUCCAUGAUAUUAAAAAGGAAAAAUAAAAGGCAGACCACAAAUAAAACCUUUGUCUUU